AUGUCUUCCUCGAGUAAUUCAGAGAUUUGCUUCCGACCACAUGUGUCUGAACGAGAUAGAGGAAUACCGAAAAGAUGUAGAUGUGGUGAAAGGUCUAUAAUGAGAACUUCAGAGACAUAUAAAAAUCCAGGAAGGCUGUUUUAUUGUUGUCCGUCUGGUUCGAAGGAGGAUAAGAAUCAUCUGUUCAAGUGGACAGAUAUUGCUAGGGUAGAAGAGCUGGGAUAUGUUCAGAGUGAAGUUGAUAAGAUGCAAGAGGAUGUGAAAAUGUUAGAGAAAGACUUACAUGAUGUUGAAACGGAAAUGGGUACACUAACAUGUGAGACAAGGACUUGCGAAGCCAUAGCAAACAGCUAUGGAAGUGACAUUGAUGCCAUAAAAGUGAGUGCACAAGGAUUUCAAAAGGAGCUUGGGGAGCUCAAAACUGUGAUCGGUAGGUGUGAAGAAGGGAUAGAGAAGCUCAACACCACUUUUAGAAGCCAAUUUUUCGAUACAGUGACACAACUUGCAAACAAUCUUAUUCCGAGAAAACAGAGUUUGAAAUACCAAGCAUGA